AUGUUUACUAAUAAGGAAGAAGAGGGUAUAUUGGAAAAUUUAGAAUGGGCGAUUGGUCUGAACCGCUGCAUGUUGAAAAUUAUCGGUUUGUGGCCAGAAGAGACUAAAGAUCAGCGUGAAGAAUUAUUGUCGAAGCUUCGGUUGCUAUUAAAUGUCAUUAUGUUGAUUUUCGUAUUAACCAUACCGGCCUUAACGGCACUGAUAAUAGUAUGGGGAGAUAUGAUACUGAUGAUAGAUAAUUUACAAUAUACUCUGCCUCUUUUGAUAACGUUAUUGAAAGUCUUCAUCAUGUGGUACAAAAAAGGAGAUUUAUCGCCGUUAAUUAACAUGAUCGUGAAAGAUUGGUUGAGAGCGAAAAUGGAAGAAGAGCGAAUUGUCAUGUUAAAACAAGCCAGAAUCACCCGGUUUCUCUCUACAUGUGGAGCUCUCUUGAUACUUUCAACAUUGUUGAUAACAUGCUGCUCGUUGUACUUUGGCCGAACAGUCAGGCAUGUAACGAAUCUCACUGAUCCGACUGGAAAGUCUAUGCCAAUCCAAACAUACUAUCUGCAUGAUAUAUCCAGCAGUCCGAGUUUCGAAUUAACAUAUUUGGUACAAAUAAUCGGACUGUCUACAUCCGGCCUUUCUUAUACCGCAGUGGACAACUUCCUUGGACUUUUGAUCUUACACAUAUGUGGUCAGAUGGAGAAUUUGCAUUUGCGACUACAGAAUUCAGGAAAGGGCUUGAAUUUCAGAGGGGUUUUGAAGUACAACGUAAAAGAUCACAUUCGUUUAAUCAGGUUCUGA